AUGAUUAUGCGAUUAUUGUCGUUGCUAUUUAUGUUUAUUAAUUUAUCUUUAACCAUAAACAAUUGUAACUAUGAUGAAUGUGCUCGUUGUACUGCUGGUUUGUGUGAUAGAUGUAAAGAGGGAAGUCAUAAAGACCGUGCAUAUUUGUAUUGUUACAAAUGUAGAAAGGGAUGCCACACAUGUACAACUGAAUUGUUUUGUACAAGUUGCCAAGAUGGUUAUUUUUUAGAUUAUGUAUCAACAACAUCUCAAAUAUGUUCAGUAUGUCCUUCAAAUUGUGAAACUUGUUCAAAUUUGACAAAUUGUUUUAUUUGUAAAGAAGGUUUUUAUCUUCAUACUAAUCAAUGUAUAAGCUGUGAAAACAAUUGUAAAUCGUGUACAAAUUCGUAUAAUUGUCUUAGAUGCUCUCGUGGAUUCAAAUUAGUUGAUGGUGUAUGUCUUCCGUGUUUUAAAAUUGGAUGUGUAAAUGAUUGCCAAGAUGGGAUGUAUUAUAAUACAACCACACAAACAUGUCGAAGUUGUUUAAAUGAAUGUUUAACUUGCAAUACAGAAUAUGAAUGUACUUCGUGUAAUACUUUUUACGCUUUAUAUAAUUCGAAAUGUGUUUUAUGUAACCAAAUUAUUCCUGGUUGUAUUACUUGUUCAAAUAUAACGACAUGUUUAAGUUGUGAUGUUCAUUAUAGAUUAUUAGAUAAUAACACGUGUUCUGUAUGUCCAAUGAAAUAUCAAACAAAUGGUGUAGAUACUUGUAGUAACAUGGAUUAUCCAAGAAAUUGUCAAAGCGGAUAUGUUGAUCCAUAUGAUUUAUGUGAUAAAAAUUGUUCAGAUAAUUGCCACACUUGUAACUAUAAUAAUACAACUUUAUGUUUAUCAUGUAAAAUUGGAUAUUAUUAUGAUAAGUCAUCAAGUACAUGUCACGCAUGUACAACGAAUUGUGAUUUUUGUUCAAGUACGAGUUGUUUAAGAUGUUCAGAAAAUUUCAUUUUACAUUCUGGUGUUUGUAUACCUUGUAGUGAACACCGUGGAUGUUCUAAAUGCAACAACAACGAAU